AUGAGAAUGGAUUAUCAUGAAAGAGGCACCCAUUUUAUGAGUAUAAAACAGCACAUUUGUUUUAUUAACAAAAAAAGCCAUGAUUGUGGAAAAGGAACCUAUGGACAUGUGAGUAAAGCCACUUUGGGUUGCGACGAUAACUCAACGAACUCUGACAAUGAGGAAGAGAGUGAGAGAGCCAAAAUUGGCAAUCACAGCUGCACAAGUAACGAUGUGAGUUCGUACCACCCGACUGACACGAGUGGCAGCGAAGGCUGCACCAGCGAGGGCGCCUCCAGCAAUAGCGGCAGCACUGGACGCGGCAGCAUUAGCCGCGGUAGCACCUGUCGCAGCACCCGUCGGAGCAGCACUGAUAGUACAAUAAGCGCCCGCAGUUAUACCAACCGAGGGUCCACUCAUGUGGGGAAGCUUAAAACCUCCGCAAGUAAAAGCCACUCGAGGAAUAACCUCAGCAGGAAUAGAAUAAAAAGUGAGUUAAAGAAUGGGAUAAAGGCUGCUGGACGAAAUAGACGCAAGAGUAGCCCCCUUUCAUUCAAACGGAAUGUACCCCUCAGUGAAAAAAACGAUUCGCGGAGUCGUGUAAACAAUAAUGAUCUAACCCAGGGUAACAGUUGGUGCACACGGAAUGGGGUUAUCUGUGUGGAGAAAAACAGUAUAAAUGACAGGGUUAAUUAUUCCCCGUGUGCAGAGAAGGAGGCAGAUAAGAGGUUAGUAGGCCGUGAAAAUAUGCCCACGUCAAUUGUUACCUCCGCAAAUUGUGUCCACGGGGCAGAGUUAAAUCCGUUCGUGGAAAAAGAAGCUAGGCACUUAUUGAGCGAAGCUAGCAAAAGGAUAAUAAAUGAUGGAAGGAAUGGCCAAUGUGAUGGUCACAAUGUGGAUAACGGUCAGCAUCAUAUGGACAUUAUGUUCAGUAAUCACAGAGAUGCAACAGAGGAUGUAGAUAACCAUUUUUGCGAAAGCGGUGCCGACGCGGAUCAGACAGACAGUUGCGAGCCCCCUUCGAGACAUGCACCCCUUUCGAGCAUGUCACGGGGUAGUAGCGACAGUGUGAGUAGAGUGAACGACGAAAGUAACAUUGCCAGCUUCACCAACAUAACUAGUGUCAAUCCCCCGAGUGGUAUCAACAACAUAUGCGAAAAUGUACGCCGGAAGGACAGAAAUGGCGUUUCCGCUUUGCAAGGAAGCAUUGAUCCAGUGAUGGGCACCAGGAUCACUCUCCCCCCGACAAGCGCUGAUCAUAUUGAUGUGGUCGAAAGGGUCCACGGGAUCAUUGAACUUCCAAACGUUGAUGUAUCCCCCGUUGAAGAAACCAAGCUGCAGAUAAGGAACUCGAAUAACAACAGCUGCAGGAAGAAGCAAAACAGCAGCGGAGGGAAAGGGGGGGGUACAAACAAAGCAGCAGAUGGGAACAGCAAGGAGGUUAACAAUUAUAGGGGAAAUGCCAAUAAUAAUAAUAGCAGCAGCAGCGGGAAUAAUAGCAGUAACGGUAAUGGCAGUAAUAACGGGAACCGAAUCGGGAACAGCAAUCGGGAUAGCGGCAAGGAUGAUGAUAAAGAUGGUCAUAGGGAUGGUAGAAGAGAUGGGCGAAAGGAUGGCCAUAAAGAUGACGACAACGAAAGCAAUAAGGAGGAUGACAAAAACGACAGCAAAGAUACUAACAAAAAUAGCCGAGGAGGAAAUCGAAAAAAUAACAGUGCGGAUAGAAGAAAUGACUUCAGCACGAAGGAUAAUAACACUAUUGGAAGAGGGGACAAGAAAAAGAAGAAUGUAAAGGAUUCCAUUAUGAGUAAAGGAAAUAAUGGGAAGAUCAGCAACAGUGCGGCCACCUGUGGGAACAACACAAACAGUGGAAGUAAUAAUGUAACUAGUGAAAAUGUAUCUAACGGAAAUGUAUCUAGUGGAAAUGUAUCUAGCGGAAAUGUAUCUAUCGGAAAUGUGGCUAGUUAUACCAUUAGUAGCACUGCUUAUCAUCCCUGUGGAAGUGUGGAGAGCCAUCAAAAUAAUGCCCUCUCGUAUGCGAACAUUAUUUCAGGCAGAUCAAAGAGCAAAACCAAAUACAGCAUCGCUUCGUCUGUUUGCAGAAUGAAUGAGUUACCCAAUAAUGUGAAUAGCAAAAUGUACGCAAAUUCUUCUAAUGCUUUUGAUAAUAAUGAUAGCAUUAUGAGUAUCGAUGACAGCAUGAACAGUUGCAACGGGAGCAACAUGGAGAUGAGAAUGUUUAGCCAAGUGAACGGAAUGGGCGUGUCCGGAGGAUUGAACGGAUUGGGUAUGCCAGGGGGACCGGGCGGACCAAGCAGCCUAAACGCGAUGUACAACUUAAAUGGGAUGCCUGGUAGCCUGAACGGAAUGGGAAGCCCAAAUGACAUGAGCUCCCUAAACGGCAUGAACAGCUUCGCCGAUCCGCACAACAACGCGGGAGCGUUCUUCAACCUUAACAACAACGAAUUUCUUCACAUGUGCAACAAUAAUUUCAGUUUGACCAAUGGGGGCAGCAUGGACCCCAAUAAUCCAAAGUACCUGCACGUGGAAAAUAGCCUGGGCAGUGCAAAUGGAAUAAACAGCAACACAGGCAGUAACACCCUGUUUAACCCGAGUAAUAACGGCUUGUAUGAAGGGAACUACAACAUGCAAAGUAUGAUAGCAGGUCCAGGGGGAGGGGGCACCACCCACAUGGACGUAGGAAACUUAGAGGAGCAGUACACAAAUUACGGAAACAAUGUAAUGAUGCAAAACAACAGCGACCUUUUCUACAAUGAACAUAAGGAAAAAAUGUAUCUACAUAUGACUGGCAACUUGAGCGUCAGCCCAAGUGGGAACAAAUUUCACGAAGAGAAAAAAAAUAACGGCUACUUUUUAAAUAGAAGUCUGCAAGAAAAGUAUGAAGAAGAUAAGAUGAUGAUGCAGAAUGGCUACCUCAAAAUGAAUAUGAACGAACUUAAUAAACACGAAAAUGAUAAUUUUAACCACAUGCUUAAGAACGAGUGGAUACUUUACAACAGGGAGGACCUAAAACUAGAUGCAGGGGGUAACAGAAUGGCUGUAACGAUGAAGGAGAGCAUAACAAGUGACAAACAGAUAAACCAGAAUCUGGAAGAUAGUCUAAACUAUAAUGAAGCCAACACACUGCACUUGCUAAACCUUGCUUUUAAUGAGAUUUAUCAGAAUAAGGAAUACCUGAUUGAACAAAUUAUUACCAAAAAAUUCAUGUCUAAGCUAGGUAAAAUUUUAAAUGAUAUUAAUCCAGAGAGUAUUAAAAUUAAGGGCAGACAACUGAAGCGAUUGAUACAAAUUAAGAAAGGGCUCAUGAAGGAGGAAAAGGUUCCAGCUAAGGAAGGGCAUAAUACCACCGCUCCUUAUGGUAACGCAGACGAUGGUGGUGGCAACACUCAGGGGUAUGCUGACGGGGGGUCCGAUAAAGUUGCCAAGUUGGAAGGUGAUCCCUUUGGGCAGCACGAAGCCCGGGAAAAGGGCGCGUUGGUCAAUGGUGCCAUGGAGAAGAGGAAGAGCAACAGUGGCAGCAGCGGCGGUGAGGUGGGCGAAGCGAGCGAGGUCAACCGGCUGAACGAGGCCAUCGAACCGAAGAAGGAGGCGGAGCCGAAGAAGAAAAAAAAGAAUAAGAAGAAUAACGACAAGUGUGAGAAGGCCGAUAACAGCGCCAGCCUCAACGAAUCCCACUCCAGCGACGCGAAUACUACGAAUAAUGCAAACAGUGCGAACAGCGUCAAUGAUAAGAGCGACCCGAAGAAUAAAAAAGAGGGCGAAGAUAAAACGGUGGAAGGCAACCCUAACGCACAAGGCGAUUUUAAAUGUCAAAACAAAGGCACUGACCAGGCCACCGCGAAGGAGGAUAAGAGUGGCUCGGCGGACAAGCAAGGGAAGAAUUCCAAGAAGGGUAAAGAAGACCCAACGGAAGAAGCUUCCAACAUACAUAAGAAGAAAAAAAGCGACUCGAAGGACACCGCCCAUAGGAGCAACGCCAACGUGGAGAAUGAAAAGAGCAGAGGAAAUAAAAGCGACGGGAGUGCCAUAAACGAACUUGGGCAAGAAGACCGAAUCAGUGGAGGAAGUGCAACUAAUCACAGGCAAAAUGAAUCGUCCACUUGUGGGUAUCAAGAGGAGGGCGUAAAUCUGAUCGGAUUUCCCAAAACGAGUGAUGACAACCCAGUGGAGGAAAAUUCUUCUGUGAGCGAAAGCACGGAUGUGGAAUUUUACCUCGAUAGCAGUGAAGACGACCAAAACGAUGAUAGCAAGUACAUCACCGGAAUUAACGACCGAUACGAAGAAAAAAAAAUUGAGGAAGAUGUCGUCAUAAGAAGAGACGUUUUCUUCUUUAACUUGUUAAAAUUUAUUAUCAAAAAGAAGACAUCCGAAGAUAUGCUCAUCUAUUUACACCUACUCAGUGCCAUCAAAAUGGACAAGAUAUUUGACCACAUUACGCAUCUGUCUUGUGAAAUUUUUAACACCUUAUUAAAUUUUAUAGAGAUCACAAAGGAUUCCUCCACGUAUAGGUUACUAUUAAAAAAUUUAGGCGCCUGGAUAGGCAUAAUAACAAUAGGCAGAAACAAACCACUCAUGUCAAAGCAUAUGAACAUUAAGCAGCUCAUUUUGUACUCGUACGAUAAUGGCUACAUGAUAGUCACCUUCCCGGCUGUGUGUAAAAUUUUAGAGAGUAUAAAAAAUAGCAAGAUUUUUAAGCCGCCCAAUCCAUGGACCGUUGGCAUUUUAAAUUUACUUGGUGAACUGCACGAAGCGCAAUCGCUGAAGACCAUUUUAAUUUUUGAAAUAGAAUUGCUGUUUAACUAUUUUAAGAUUAAUGUGUUUGAUUAUUACAACAAGUGCAACAUUAUCAAGUGUCGUAAUUUGCCCAUAAAUACGAAUGAUCUAUUUGUUAGGAAUAACUUCAACGAGAACGGCACCAUGGGUGUGAAUUAUAUGGGGGAUAAUAGUAACCACUCCGGGGGAUACCUAACCCCAGGGCAAGUGCAUAUGUUUAACAAGUCGUACAAUAAUAAUGCGUGUGGCAAUUUUUACGGAGAAAAUUUCGUGCAUCAAAAUGGAGCAAAUGGUAGCGUUACUGGAAGUGUGAGAAAUCAUGAGAGGGGUAGUAGACCACUGGAGGCAGUCGCAGCCGAUGGAGUAGCCGAUGCAUUCCUACUUGGUAAGGACCCCCGAUUCAAUGCUAUGAAUAAUUAUAAUACCACGUCCUCCAUCAUGACGACCAUAACUAGCAAUAACAUCAGCGCGAACGAGUUUGUGAGCCAUAAAAAUGGCAGCUUCAAUUUGUUAAUUAAAAGUAGAAAGGGCGAAGAUCUGAAGGAAGCGAGUAACGCUAUGGAAGCCUGUGCCUUCAUGGACGCCACCAACUUCAGCGGCAACAUCUUCAGCGGCAACAACAUCAGCGGCAACAACAUCAGCGGCAAUAAUCUCAGCUGCAAUAAUCUCAGCUGCAAUAAUCUCAGCGGCAAUAAUCUCAGCGGCAAUAAUCUCAGCGGCAAUAAUCUCAGCGGCAAUAAUCUCAGCGGCGACAACAAUAGUAACGGUAACAACCCCGCAAUGAUGAACAGCCAGGGCCUCCUCAGCAACGGAAGUAAAAACGACGCCGACAACAUGGCAUUCAACUCGUCAGCAGAUGUGAUCCUCCUCAAUAACAAGGGAAUGGAUAGCGGAAAUAGAAGCAGAUUUAUGAGCUAUAAUUUGACCCAACCCUUGCCCUCCAGAGGGUUCCAAAAAGGUCUAGAAAAUGGAUUCAGAAUGAUGACCAAAAAUAACAUGAAUAACGAAAUGAUGGUAAAGAAUAAUAACGCGAUGAAAAAAUUAUCCGCAAGUAGCAACACGAGGGAAAGUCAAUCUAUGUCCGUUUUUAACUAUAUGAAUGGAGCUGGUGCUGAUGACCCGAGCAAAUUUAACACUCUUAUGUAUGUAGGGGAGAAUGGCAUCCCCUGUGGUGGAGCCAUCGGUACCAGUGCUGGAAAUAGGAGCGUCGAUUUUUCUCUCCAUUUGAAUAGCGAGGGGUUAGCAGCGAAAGGAAACGGAAACAACAUCAAUGAGGAGGCACUACUGAAGGAUUUACAAUUUUCUACUAAGAAGAAGGACAAACUGAGUGACGGACACUUUAAGGAAAACUCGUACAGAGCUGCAAAUUAUCUGAUGGGUAAAAAUAAACCCCCUGUAAGUAGCAAACACGAUGGACAAUACAGAAGCAUAGAUUUGAAAACCGGGAAGAUGCCGUCGAAAAAUGACAUUUAUGAAAAUCCCAAGGAGUCCUACGUGUCGUCGCCACCGAGUAGCUUGAACCUGAAGAACACUUUUGGAGAACCACCAUUUGGUGUGAAGAGUGGUGGCGGCAUUCCGGCGCCCCCACUUCCUCUGCUGUUGUUGGACAAGUUCAAGGCGAGCGAGCAGGUCGGAGUGAACGUGUUCAGCGGCGUUGGCAGCGUUGGAAACGUCAGUGUGGGCAUGUCCAAGGGCAAAAACCGAAGUAAUGGAAAGGCCAGCAUGCUAAGCAUGGCAAGCAGCGGUAAUGACGGGGGAAACAGAAACGCGACGCCCUCAUCUGCAUAUGGCCUGACGAGCGACGUGAACCAAAAAAUGCAGAGCACACCCAUGUAUCAAGAAAAUGUGAAUAACAACAAAUUUAACGAAAUGCUAAACGAAGAAAUAUUAAGCAUUUUGAAGAAGAACAUAGUGAUAUCAACGAACAUUGUCGCAGCGGUUAAGCUUAGCCUAAAGUGCAAAGCGCUAAUUUAUUUAGCCUUCGAUUCAGCCAUCAAGGAAAUAAUCACCUCCGUUGUUGAUCGCUUUGUCCUCAUUGGAUGUAUAACUACAAGAGAAUUAGUUAAGAAAGAUUUUGUAAACGAAUCGAAAGAGACGAUUAUGCAUAAGGCGUCCCUACUAAUGGCCACGAGCAUCUCCUCCUCCCUCGUUCUAGUAUCCUGCAAAAAACCAUUAAGGAACAUUUUAAUACAAAAUCUGAGAAACGUUUUUGACCAAAAUUGCCCCCCAGAAGUCAGUAGCACAAUCGUGGACGAUGUCGUGAAAGCAUUAAUUAAUGAAAAUAUAAAUUUAAUUUAUUCUAUAAUCGAACAAGUGGCCAUCGAAAAAUCAUCCAUCGAAAUCCAAGAAAUCAUGAAGCCCAUUUAUGCCUCCAGAAAAUAUGCACGUAUUCACAAAUUAAACAUUAGGGAAAAUGCCAACAAUAAAUACUACAACGCUCUGCCCAUCUUUUUGAAGGCCCAUAAUAUAACCCUGAAGCAUAUUCAAGUGUAUAAGAAUUUUAUGAAUUUGAAGAUUUUAUCCAACUUGCAACAGAAGUCGUUUUCUCCUGGGCGAGUCGAUCAUGAGGGGGGCUCCAGUGAAAGUGAAAACGUCCCCCCGGGUUAUCUGGGAGGUGGGAGCUACCAAGGUGGAGGCAACUAUCAAGGUGAAGGCAACUACCAAGGUGAAGGCAACUACCACGGUGGUGGAAACUACCAAAGUGGCGGGAACUACCAAAGUGGAGGCAUCUACCAAAAUGGCGGGAACUACCAAAAUGGCGACAAUUACCAAAGUAAGGCUAACUUUGCCAGCGGUGGGAAUGUCCAAGACGACUCCAACAGGGUAGGCAGCCCCAACGGAGUAGUCAGCGCGAACUACCAAAGCUAUCAGAAUAGGAAGAACAGCGAAAACGUGCCGAAUGAAGCGCCCGGGGAGACCCACUUCUACAACAACAGAAAGUACAUUUCGAAUCCGCUGGAUGGAAGGAACGAAGAAAUGGUCAGAUAUUCGAAGGAGCAGGAUAGAGAGUAUGGUAAGAACGGCCCACUCAAGACCAACCGCAAGGAGGACUCAAAGGAGGACGGCGACAAGGCGAAUAGGUACCUGGACGAAAAGUACUAUAACGAAAGCAGUGCAGACAACCAGGAGAAUAACGAAAACAGCGGAGGGUGCAUCGGCAACGUAGGAGAGAGCUGCGGAAACGGCAUCGUUGGAAUGCCGUCUCAGAAAAGUGGAACUCCGGCUAGCACAGGUUACGAAGGAAACGUAGCAAAGUACGCGCACGGAAAAAGUAACGACUCGAAAGAUAAUGCGAAUUUUCACCUAGGUAAUAAUAUGAAUAAUAAUAAUAAUAAUAACAUAAAUAGUGUGAAUAACUUGAAUGAGAUGAAUGAGCUGAAUGAGAUCAACGAGGUUAACGAGAUGAAGGACAUUAAUAAUAUGAAUCAUAUUAUGAAUGUUCCUACUGUUAGCAAUCCUAAGGGUGUCAGUGGUGUUAAUAGUCUUAGUGGCGUCAGUGGUGUUAAUAUUGCUGAUAGGGUUAAUUGGGCUAACGACGCUAAUAGUGCUAGUACUGCUAAUAAAGCCAGCAGCGCGAACUGCGCCAACAGCGUUAACAAUAUUGACAGUACUAACAAUAUUAACGCGGUUGACCAGAUUAACGAUAUUAACAGUGUUAACAAUGCCGACGGCAUUAAUAAUAUUAACAGUACUGACAGCGCCCGCGGUGUUGACAACCCCCACGGGGCAAACUUCGUGAAUCAGCAUAAUUCACACAACACCCCUAACCCUAUGUAUAUAUUUAAAUCUCCAAAUAAUUAUAACUGCAAUAAUAAUGAUUAUAAUUUUAAUACAAAUAAUAGGUAUGUGAACGUUGAAAAUUAUAACCUCUCGGGUAUCACUCUGGGGAAUAAUUACGCUGGGAAGUAUGAACACAGUGGGAAGAACUUCGCCGAAAUGGAUAUCAGCGCACAGUCGGGACAUCAUAACAACUACGAGGACAGAAGUGGCAGUUGUGUACUCUUACCCGGUGUUGCAUCUGCGCCAGGCUUCUUCGCCCAUCCAUCCUGCUUCGUCUCCUAA